AUGUUCCCCACCUCCAUAUCAACUUCGACCACCGCCAUCCUCACCUCCUUGCUCAUAGGUGACCCCUCAACCAAUACCAACUCCGACGAUGAAGGCCUAACUAUCGACUAUUUGGAUAUCCCAAGAUUGCAAAAAGCUUUGGAAGCCAAAGAACACCUAUGGUUGUUCUUUAUUGCAGCCGACAAGCUAUGGAGAAAAGACUUGCACGGACGACACAAGAUCGUUGCAGCCCCCUCUAGCUGGAUCACAAUUCUCACUGCUGCCCACGACAAUGUUGCUCACAAGGGAUUCUACGCCAUGACCACCUUAAUCGCUGAACACUUCUGGGGGCCGCAUAUGUGGCAAGAUAUUUCCUGGUUUGUUCGAACCUGUCACCUUUGCCAGAUUUGCCAGACUCGCAACGUCCUUAUUCCCCCGACCGUCGCCACACCUGUACCACUCUUCGUGAAGAUGUAUAUGGAUACCAUGCACAUGCCAACCGCCAGCGGUUUCAAGUAUCUUGUUCAAGGCCACUGUCCGGAAACACUGGUAGAGAUUGUCUCCGACAAUGGACCAGCAUUCGUCAAGGCGCUCGACCAGCUAGCAAAGAAGUACCACGCUCUGUUCAAGGCAGUUGACGGAGAUCAGGCCAAGUGGAAUUGUGCAGCUCAUUUUGUAUUCUGGGCUGAUUGCAUUACUGUUCGGCGCCGAAUGGGUUGCUCGCCAUACUUCGCAGUGACUGGAACCCAUCCCCUCCUUCCCCUCGACAUUGCCAAAGCCACCUACCUCCUGCCACUGCCAACCACAACCCUCAGCACCACCGACCUCAUCGCCCGACAUGCCAUUGCCUUGCAGAAACACCGAUCAGACCUUGCCCACCUUCGCAGCUUGGUAGUCGGCACCCAAGUCCCGGCCGCCAUCCAAUUUGAACAACAGCAUUUGGCCACCCUUUGCGACUUCAAUUUCUACCAAGGCUUGCUUGUCCUGAUGCGCAACACAGCCAUAGAAAAGGCACUCAAUCAGAAGAUGCAUCCACAGUAUUUAGGGCCAUUGCUAGUAAUUUCUAGGAAUCGGGGAGGAGCAUAUAUUUUGGCCAAACUCGACGGAUCAGUUUUUGAUCGGCCAGUUGCAGCAUUCCGCAUUAUUCCUUAUUUUGCUUGCAGGUCUCUGAAGCUCGCUGACCUUGAAGCCCUCCUCGACAUCUCGCAGGAACACCUUUAG